AUGUCGCAGCAUCUCGGACACUCUACAUCUCGGAACAUGGUGUCUGGAAGACCUAGACCGCCGCCUGAGCUGGCAUCGCAGCAACAAUAUCUCCUAGAUCCUCUGCCGGACUCUGGAUCUUCUCAAUCGUCAGCGCCAUUCUCACAAUAUUCCUUGUCCCAGCCAACUUCACAGUACACUAUGGAUGGAAACCCACAAGAACCGGCGCUGGCGCCUAUGCAAUACCCUCCAUUCCAGCAAUAUACAGGUACCCAGGCUGUAUAUCAAAAUUUUCGACCUCCAUACCACCUCACAGGGACUACCCCAAACGGUCAUCCUGUUUCACAUCAGAGAUAUAGUGAGAGGGACUGCACCACGUCUUUCAGAGGGGCCGGAGGUCCGGUCUUUGGAGACGACUUGCGCAACCACAAUGGAGGCAACUCUGGUUGGAGUUCAAUGGGUGAUUCUAGUCGCCAGAAUGUGCGAGGGUCUUUCAUAGAGCCUUGCUAUCCCAACUCUGAUGGAGAUGGCUACAGUCAGGCACAACAACACCUCACUGAGCAUCGCACCAUGGACCAAACAAAUGCCUUGACUGGCCGCGAUUCAUGCAAGGGAUUCCCAGUCCAGUAUCGAAUUGAUGCCACAAGCGAAAACUUCGGUAUGAGAGUCUCACCCUCUUUUUGUUCAGCCACUGACAAUCAUGGAGCCGGUGGAGACAUUGACAACCAAAACUGCAAUUUGGCGACCGCGGAUAACAAUAUCGGUCAUGGCAGCCAAUGGUCAGACUCACAGGAGAUGGGAAACCAAGCAAAUCCAUCCACGAUUCCUCCGUCCGGUAUUGACCUAUCUCUCAUAGAUGGAUCUUUCUCGGCGAAAUACAACUCUUUUUUGGCAGAUUUAGCCGAGACGGACCCAGGAGGAAGCGAUGCGCAGAACGAAAUGCUUCUAUGCAAUCCUGAUCAUUUCGAUAAUAGUUUUCUUAACGGCUCACCAACUUCCACGUUUUCCGGGUCUGGUACUGUAUCGAGGAAAGCACGUUCUCGCGCUACAUCUAACACUACACCACAUUCUCAUCGUCGUGGUCGUGGUCGUGAUCGUGGUCGUGGUAGCGCUCAUCCAGUCUCCUCUGAGCCUUUGGAGACGAGAUGCAAAGCAUGCGAUGACGAUCCAGAUUGUGAGGACAAACCAGUCUACCGUGGCACUCCCGAAAGUCAGAAGACAAGCCUAGGAAGGCACAUGCGUGAGCACCAUUCCGAUAGCAAAAAUUGGUCUUACCAGUGUUUGCUAGAUAAGGACGGGUCGGCCUGCAAGAAAGUCAUCAGAAAAGCUCGCGGUAGGAGGAAGCAUGUGGAAACAGUUCAUCCAACAGAGUCCAGGAAUUUGCCGCCAAAAGAUGCAGCCAAGAGAAAUUCCAACGUCAACACCAAUGCAAUGCUAGAUGAGUGGUUUGACAAAAUACCACAAGGGAGCAGCCCAUGA